AAUCAAAGCGGAGGGGCGGGCUGUGAUUCAAGGAGCGCGAACGUUAGAGCAGACCGAUGGAAAAUGGCGAUUGUUGUGGCGUUUUAAUGCAAAGUUUGGGCAGUCUGAGUUAGCCCUCAGCUAUUUUUAAGUAUAUUUCCGGUGAUUAAAGCUGAAAUAUAAUAUUCGGUUAUGUAAAUUGGUGCGGUUGUUCGUGUUGUGGUAGUAGUAGUGAACAUUAAAUGCUCUACUGUUAGCUGCUGUAAAUGGCGUCACCGUGUCCUCUCAUAGUGAACAGCCCGUUAGUGUAAAUGUGAUGGCAGCGUGCUUCAAGUUAGUCCUAUAUUCACGGAUUUUCCACGACAGUUGAGGGUAUGGCUUUAAUGCUACACAACUUGGUUUUUGUCAUCGAUGUGGAUUAUGGAGACACCUGCGGCGACCAAGUGGAAGUCAGGAAUACUUUCUUAAAACGAGGAAUACUUCAGAUUCUGCUGCAUUUCAGCUGCAAAUACGGAUUAGAUAAAGUCCGGUGGGGUUAUAAAUUCUUCCAAUCCAAGACUGGUCGUAACUCUACCUUCAUUUCGAGGGGGUCAGACUUCAAGGAGCUCCGCCACAAAACUUUUGAGGACUUUGAAAUCGAGUUUGAAUCCAGAUUUGACCUUAAAGAUAAACCAUGUCUCUCUCAGCAGAAACAGCCAUCCUCUCAGUCUGUGUCUGUCCAGAAUGCUCUCAGAGAAACCCUCCUGGACUUCCAAUGGGACAGACCAGACAUCACCUCCCCCACCAAACUGUCCCUGAGACCCAGAAAGUCGAACUAUGUAGGAAGGUCCAGUGUCACCCAGGAGGAGGAGGCUUCAAAUACGGGGAAAAACCUGGUGUUUGUUGUCUCCGAGUGUCCACGCUCCAGGAUGCAGCUUGUGGACUACCUUUCAGUGGGAAAACACGACCUUGGUGUGGACCUGUCAGAGCAGAUCGUAUCCAGGGGUCUCCAUGACAUGCUGGUGCAGAAACAGGUGGUGCUGCACUGGAUUGACAGUAGACCACAUGUACAGGUGAGGGCAACAUGAAUAUCACAGUUUUUCUCUUAAAAGAGCUUCUCAUCAAUACAGGUGUCAGAAAAUGGUGCAUGUGUUUGCAGAGGGUUGUCUUAGACUUGUACGUGCAUAGGAGAGAGUGGGGUAAGUUGAGCCACCCCCUGUUUCUUGGAAAUGUUAAAGAAAUUGAUCAUGUGACCAAAUAUUUAGGAGAUGGGCAUCAAUUCAUGGAGUCUGUGAAUGUUAGAAGUACAUGGGUGAAGAGGUUAGACAUUUAUUUACAAAAAUAUAACAUUUUCCACUCUGUAAGGUGACUUUAGUCAGUCAUAAGUUUGAUUAGAAUUGUGUUCAGACCAAAAAAGAUCAUUUUAAAUUUGUUUUAUACAUCAAUUGUGGUAUCUAUGAGCAACAACAUGAGGUCAAAAACCUAACACAAAAGUCCACCAUCUUAGUUUAAAGGACUAAUAAAGUCAUCAUAGUAGUUCAGGGGUAACUGAGAAAGUAAAGGAGUCUGAUGAGAGGAUCAGAGUUUCAGUUCAGAUUGUUGCUCUUUUUCUCUUUAAACAUGUUUGAUUUCCAGGUUGAGUGUCUUCUGGAAUAACAGAGCUGUAGGACUCCUUCUAAAAUAGUUCACCUUGUUUUACUGACUCGAGUAACUCUGAUCUUUGUCUAACUGCAGGUCACACAAAGUGAGGAUCACCUCGGCUUUGACAGCCUGUCUGAGGUUUUAUCUCAGACAGGUGGAAGAGUCAUCCCUGUGGUUGCACUGCUGGAUCUGUGCAGCACUCAGAAGCUGGAUUUAAACUUUGGGAGAGACGCCUUUACACUCAAGUCAAGUGUCGGAUACCUGUUGUCCUCUGAGAGGCUGUAUCGCCUGGCUUUCCCCCUCAUGGGUGGUGUGGUACAAUGGGAGCAAGGUCAGAAACACAAAACAUUUUAGACGUUUGUUGUGUUGUGUUUCCUGUAGUAUUGUCCAGUCUCGUUCUUCAUUUGUGUUGUUGUUUCUUCACUUGACCAGGUGAUGAGUUACAGAGCUGUGGGAUCACGGUUGAACCGGUGUCUCGCGGACAGAAGCUUCUCCCAGAGUCAGUAGACGUGGUUCUUAAAGGAGUUCUGCAGGGCUGGGAGACCUCCUCACUUUUAGAGUCCAACUCUGAGUCCUGGGUGCUUCAGUGCUCCAGCAGCAGUGAUCAGGAAGCUGCUGCUCUCCAGCAUCUCCUGAGGGAACUGUCCGCUCGUGGUUUACACAUGGUGAGACAUCCAAACACAACAAUGCAUACACAGGUGAACUGAGGUUAGGGUUAGGGUUUCUCUGCUUACAGCUUAAUGAUCUGAUCAAAGAAUCUGAUAAAACUGAUCAGUUCAUACAGAGCUGCUGUUAAAGUAUCUGUCCGUGUUAUUGAAUAAGUUACUUGUUAAUUGCAGCAGCUUAUUUAAUUACUGGAGGGAGAGACUGAAGAGCAAUAACAUGAAAUAUGAACAAACUAGUUAUUCUGCACCGAUGCAAAAUCAAGAACCGACCACAGGGUGAGAAAACCAUCUUUAUUAUUCAGGAAGAUGUCCCUCAAAAACUGUGAUUACAUGAGACACCUGACAUACAAAUACCUCGACUUCUCCUCAUAAUGAUGUAAAGGCAGUGUGUGUGUGUGUGUUAGAUUCUCUUCCAUCACAUUUUAAACUCACCUUUUAUGCGUUUCUCUCUCUUCAAAUGUCCCUGCAGCUCUCUGAGGUGAAUGACGGCAGCCUGGUUUGCUCCGCAGUCCUCUCACCCUUGUCCCAGUCUACAGCUCUGCUCUCAAUCCUCCGCUCUGGAAUCACUCAGAGCCAGCAGUUCCCCUCUGCAGAAAUAAUCGACCCCGCGACGACUGAAACCUCAGCUGAACUUCCCGAGGUGGUGAGCAGCGUUCUGGGAGUCGUGUAUGACAUCAUGGAGGAGGAGGAGGACAAUGACGGUGUGGACGGUAUGGAUGAAGAGUCAUUUCUCACUUUAAAACAUGUUGCUUGGAAGAAAACACAGAAAUGAUUGAGUCAGGAAAAAGCUGUUCUGCUACUGGAAGGUUUUACGAAUGUUGUUCUCCAUCCUGCAUCUGUUUUUGACACUCUUAACAAUCCAAAUUGCAAAUAUUAGAAGUAAUAAAACUUCAAUUUGAUCUUUUUUUCCCCCCAGACGAUUUAAAGGAUCAUCAGAUUCCUGAAUGGGCUCAGCAGGAAGUCAAUCACCACCCUCUGACAACAGGCGUGUUGGAGAACUGGUUCCCUCAGUCCGAUCAGGCAGGAGUCAGUUCUCAUCUGAUGGAGUCGAUGAGGUAAAGAGAUCACUCCGAUUUCUGCUCCUGUCCUUUUUAUCCUCAAACACAGAGAGAUCAUUAUUCUUUCCACCUCUGACUCAUGUUUUGAAAGUUCAUGAAGAUUCACAAACUUGAACAAACUUAAUUCAUACACAGAAGAAGGAUUUGGUUGUGAUGCUUUACCUGCUGUGUCGAUUAGGUUGCUUCAUGCUGUGCCAGAGCAGAAAGAAGAGGAGGAGUCAUCUCUGUUACAGCAGGAGCUGAUCACUGGCCUGGCUGAGUUGUAUCAAACAUCCCGAGGAACUGAUGACAAAAGGGGCAAAAAACGUGAGAAAAUUGACUCUAAUUUUUGUUUAUAUUUGGAGUUUUAUGUGAAGAAGCGGUCAAAUGUUGGAUUUUCUAGCAUCAUUAUACCAGGAGAUCUAAAAUAUGAAAUAAAAUGUUUCCCUAUUUUCUGUCUUUGGUCUGCAGGUGGCACCCAGCGCACACCGGUGAAACAGAAGAUGAAGACCAUGAGCCGCUCCCUGCAGAUGCUGAAUGUAGCACGACUGAAUGUCAAAGCCCAGAAGAGUCAGGCUGACGCUGAGCAGCCGGGACCUGAGGGCAGGGGACCAGACAGGCAGGGGAAGAGACGGUCGAGUGACAGGAAGAAAUCUGAAAGAGCAAAGAGCAUCAGUGAGCGACACGGUUCAGACUUCACUCACUCUUUCUCCACCAGAAGGGAAAUGAGCAUGUUGUUAAACUCUUCUUCUCUCUUUGUCAGGUUUUACCACCGAGGCAGAGCUGCUGUCCCAUCUGAAGUCCAGUUAUGAGCAGACUGUGGCUGAAAGAGACUCAUCCCUCCUCACCUCUGUCCAACUGCUCCUGUCUGCAGUCAAAUCCUUCCUGCCGGCAGAAUCAGACCUGAAAGUAAGACGUGAUGGCGUGUUUUGAGAUCCUGACCUGUCCCUCUCUUAUCUUUAAGAUUAGAUCGACUUUAAGUUUCUUUAACCACGAGGACAAAAGAAACGUAGAAACAGACUCAGCAGAUCCAACAGGCAACCAUGAAUCAAGCAAAACUUUAAAACCUCAAAGCUCAAACCAAAAUAAGCAGAAGAGCGUCCAUGUGAAUGCUGAGGUUGUGGUUGAUUUGCUAAUCUGUGAGUUUUCGUGCAGGUAAAAACCUCCCAGUUUGUCCAGCAGCAUCUCUUCAAGACCAGCAAAUCCAUCAGGCAGCAGUACGGCUCCACUGCUGAUGUAGACGGCAAAGUCAGAGAGUGAGUAGUAGAUCAACCGACCUCUUAAACACCAGGCUGUGGUGAUAGUCGCUCCUCACUGAGUGUGAACUUGUGUACAGUAGCAUCGUGGUUUCACUCCUUGUGGCAGAACUCGUGUGCCCACCCUGUUAGUGAAAUAAAGAUUAGAUUCCUCUUUCUCAGGCUCUCAGUAAUUCAUGUUUUGUCCUCUAGGUGUCAGCUUCAGGCCUUGUUGAGGCUGGACUUGUGUAAACUUUUCUCCUCACAGCAAUCAGACUCUCUGGAUGUUGAUCAGAUGGCAGAGGAGGUAAGAUGAUCACCGUUUAGUCCUUUUGGUCGUUGAUUUUUCUGUGUUUUUAUACUUGAAGGUGAAGCAGAGGAAUUGAUUGAUUGUCUAUGAUCAUAACCACAAGAUUCAAAGAUAUCCACUGAUAUUAAUCUAAUAUAGAUCAAAGUUUUACGUCUGAUCUCUCUUCUUCUCCUCCUCAGGUGGCAGAAAUGCUCAGGAUCAUCUCCCGAACUAAAGAUCCUGUUUGUAUGACAAGAUUCCUCCAAGAUGAGGUCUUCCCGGGGUGAGUCAGUGUGGAGCUCUUUUUUUUUUUUUUAACCUGAAAGUGAACUUUGCUCUCUUACUGCCAUUCAUCUUAACGUUUAUACAAACAUGAUGACAAAUUGAUUUGUUAUUUGAAACCAGUUUUAGUUGAGUCGUAUAUUUCCUGUCCUGUAAAAAUCUGAACGUAUUGGUCUGUCUUCUCGCAGGUUCCUGAUGGCGGUGCCCAGAGUUCUCGCAGACGUCUACCACAGUCUGGGCACACAGCUCCCUGAAGUUCUGGUCGCGGUUCUUCCUGCCGACUUCUUCAGCGACGAUUCAGUCGCCAAAGACAGCGUCUCUCCGUCAGCCUCCUCUCCUCCCCUCUCACACAGCCUGGCUUCAGAGGGCGGAGGUCUGCAGGACCUACGAAAUCGCUCGGCCAACAAGCGGAGGUAAGAGGAGGGUUCGAGUUUACUCAGGGACGCAGUUUGGUGAAGAAGAGCGAGAAAUCAAAGAGAGGAGUUCAUUCAAGAGAGCUUUUUCAUAUUUGUCUUUUUGCAGGAGUGGGAUGCUGACUCGUCAUCGCAGUACGACUGAAUCGUCACAGAGUCUUCGCCAAAUAGAGAUCCCCAAAAAGACCACCAGAGCUGUAAGAUCACGUUCGCUGGUUCAGCCUUUCAUUGUGCUGAAGCAGAUCUCUGUUUGUCUUCCUGAUGAUCAGACUUCUCGAACGGUCGCUGUUAGAUCAUGAAAAGACACAUACAAUAAGUCAUGAGUGUUUUAUCUGCGUUUUCUGGAUUACUUGACCUUCUUUUUGUGUUUUCAUCAGUCCAAGUCAAAGACCUUCAGUGCUUUGGAGAAACCGGUCCCAGAACCCCAACCUCAGAAACAGGAGACUCAAGGUAUGUUGAGUCUAACAGGGAAAGCCCAAAUUCAUCAUCCAGCAAGAAAACUGGAUUUUCUUUGUGUUUAAAAUAUGGAUUCAGGAAGUUUUGGUUUUUCUUCUUUAAUGACUGGGAACAGCUUCAAAUUCAUGACAAUCGUAGUUCCGGCUUGUAAAAGACCUUUGAGGCUCUCCUCCUCUCUCCGUUUCCGAUUUUGUAAAGAGGCACCGGUGCAAAAGCUUCCUCUGAAUCCUCUUAUCAAACCCCAAAAAGAAAAACAGUACUUUGUGGACACAUCCCCACGCUGAUCUAAAACACAGACUGUUCUGAUCGUCCACAGAGGUGACCAAAGUGAGAAGAAACCUCUUCACACAGGAAGUCUUGUCCCCCUCAAAGAAAGCCAAGCUGCCGAGGAGCCAGUCUGUGUCUGCUGUGGAGGGACUGAAACGCAAAAGAUCUCAUGAAGCUGAAGGUACAUUUAUCCUAAAUUGAUCAGAAUAAAGGAGCAAAAGCAAAAAUUGUUCAAGAAAGUUUUCCUCACUUUGUAUCCGGCUCUUAAUCUCCAGACCUUUUCCUUUCAGAGAGACACAAACUUCUGACGAGGACCGUGUGUGAAACCCCCCACCACAAACAGGUGUCCAGUCGCCUCCUGUACCGGCAGAGAGUGGGGAGGUACGUCUAACAUCUCAUCAGUCAGCUCCAAACUUGUUACCUCUUUUGCAGAAAUGUUGAAGUUUGUGUUUCUGUCUGAUGUUUCGAAGGAGAUCUGCCCCGACGGAGGACUGCAUUGUGGAGGAGUCACCAGUUAAACCUGCAGAAGGUAUUUUUUUACUGAAACCAGGUCUUCCUCCUCUCUGAUUCGUUCACUCAUUUGAAAGAAUCUUUUAUUUUUUUUGGUGGUCACAAAAAGAGCGUUGUUUUCUUUUUCCUUUAGACCUCAGAAGGAGUCCAAGGAUCCAGAAUUUUGCUCGGAGACACUCGAACACCUUCUACUCCAGCUCUCAGCCUCGCUCACGUAACCUGGAGAGAGCUCUGUCUGCGUCCCAGCUCACGCUCAGCGAGGGCAAAAUCAGCGAGCUCAACGUUAAGACCAUCCGCUCGCCAAUGCGGCUUCUUUUCGGUGCCCCCGAAUCCCCGAGUCGUCUUUCAGAUCCGUCACGUGCGACCAGGUCCACCAGGUCACGGCUGUUCACAGACUCGAGUGUCUUUGAGGUAAGCGGUCUUAUACCCCCUGACAGCUAAGACGGCGGUCUUUCCAAAACUAAACAACGACAUCACUAACGAGGCGACUUUUGUUUGUUUCAGAGUCCAAAUAAAACACCAACAAAGUCACCAGCUAAACAUGAACGCACCAACCAAGGGACCCCGAGAACACCAAAGACCCCCAGAACCAGAGGAUCUCCAAAAACCCCGCCCACAUCCAGACUGCUUCAGAGUCCGGCUGCAGGCAGCUCUGGUGGGCCCGGUAUGUCUCUGAGAGGAAGUCCGUUCAGAUCUCCAGCCAGAAAGACUCUCAUUGUCGAGACGCCGACAAAGCAAAGCCCCAUGAGGAGCCCGCUGAAGGGGAUCCUCCGGACCCCGAUCAAAGCCUUGGUUGACUCCUCUGGAUCGCACAUGCUCAGUAGUCCAGUUUCAAGGACGCCUAAAAAGAGUGUCACGUGGUCUCCUUCCCCUCGGAAGUCCAGAUUGGUCGAGAGCAGCGGACUCUUCAAGGUGCCGGAGUCUCCCCGGUUUGGGUCCCGCACUUCUCCCAGACUGACGAACACACCCAACAAGUUCAGCAGUCCGGUCAGAAACACUAAGAGGGACAUUUUCAAGACCCCAGAAAAGACUGGAGGACCACGCCUGGUGAGGGAGUCUGAAAAGGAAAACCAUCAGAGAUCAUCUGUAGAAGUUCAAACCAAUAAAACACCAGAAAAAAGUCACACGGUGAUAAAAACGUCUCCUCCACAGUCAACACCACCUCAGAGCCGUCCCCCCUCACCCAAACUGAACACUAAAACUCAAACCAAGACCCCCAGCCCCACUCACCCCAUGGUUACCCGCUCUGGACGAACUCCAGAUAAAAGCUCAGAUGUUGCGUCUCCAUGUAAGCUGCUUUCUACACCACCAGGGGGCGCUGCUGCUGCUUCAGAGGGAUCAGAUACUUCGGUAAAGUCUCCAGCAAAGUCCCCGAGGAGAAAAAGGUCUGGUCAGGGCGCUAGAACCUUCAGACAGAAGUUAAGAUCUCACUCUGGGGAGAACCUUCAUGACAAACCAGACCCGGUCCCACCUGAGACCACGAGGGAAGAUCCACCAGAGGAGGAACGCGCUGAUCACUCCCAAACUUCUGAAGGCAACUCAAGUUCAGACUCACAGCAGCUCGACUCUUCACGGUUCAACUCUGCGACCACAGACGAUGACAGUCUGGACAUCGUGAACGCGUCAGUGGUGAAGACCCAGUUUAGCGGAGGUCUGAAGAUGAACAUCAGCUUUUCACGCAAGCCCUCAAAGUCCGGCGAGGACUUCCUGGCAGACGCUUUGUCUCCUAAACCGCGACUACUUAACCAGGGCACGCCCAGCCGGAGCUACGGCUUCAGGCAGACCCCUGAUCGCCAGCAGAGGGAGGCCGCCGCUCGCCUCGGUACUGACCCCCCUCGGUUUUCAACUCCAAGAGGCCCUGCCAAAGGGAGUCAGCGGAAGGGAGCGGGCUCUCAGACUCCGCUCUCUUACCAAGUCGAGAUGGAGAUGCAAACGUCAGGACUUCCCAAACUCAAAUUCAGACGCACAGACUCCAUGAACGCAGGUGAGGUGGUCUCAGGUGGAGCUCAGAGUCCUUUGGUUGUUGUGAGACCUCCUCAGAUAGAAAGCCCCUUAGCUCUGCGCUCCAAACACAGAGAACCUGGAUGUGUGUCCCCGUCUGUCUGCACUCACGUCACCCCCGCCAAGAGCACACCGGGGAAGAGCGUCCAGACUUACAUCUGCCAGUCUUACACCCCCACACGUCAUCAUGCAGUACCCGUGUCUCCAGAUCUCAUCCCUCUCACUCCCUCCCCUCAGAGUCUGGGUAAAGUGACCCCUGACAACCUGAACAGCUGGCCGCGCAGGAAGAGGGCUCAGGUGGGAGUGGGCGGAGGUAAGGAUCGUGGCCUGAAGGGGGAGCCGUUGCUGGCGGAGCUGCUGGAGGAAGCGGAGCUGGGUGUCAGCAGACUGCAGGACAUGGAGGACAUGGAUGAGCCGUCAAACGUUAAACCUGCAGAUGGAUGUCCCCAGUCUCCAGGUGAGAGUCUGAUCUGGAUGGAGAGACUGUCUGAGCAGACGGACCGCGCUGAUCCUCAGAGAGCAGAAGAAGAAAACAUCUGGGGGGUGGACAGUGAGGAUGGAAAGUCAGGUGAGUGUCUAAGAUACUUUCAUUGGUGACUUAAACGGCGUCAGUGUUCAGAGAUACAAGGGAAGCAGAUGCAAACAUGUGACCAACCCGUGACUGCAGAAUGACCCAGAUUACUGCCACUUUAAAUCGUUGCAGGACGCAUCAUUUCGAGGUGUCACUCAGAGGUUCUAGAGUUUAGAGUUUCGUCUUCAGUAUCUCAAAACUGUUGAGUCAUUUUUGUUUCUUUUGUCGUCUUUGUUUUCAUAGCGGCGACUCCUCCCAGCUCAAAGAAGAGGAAGCCGGUGACACCGAGCGGGAUCCUGGCGCUCACUCACUCCCCAAUGUUAUUCAAGGGGAGAACCAGCUCUGUGAGCAAGAGAGCGCCGAAUUUUAAAGGUAAGAUGGAGCGUCAGCCUGACAGCCAAUAAGAGGCGCUAUCUACAGUCUACAGCCAAAAACAAACAGGAUCUGUGUUGAGCUCGUUCCGUCAGCGUUGCGUCUCUGCUUUGUAGAGCAGCGCUGUCUAACGCCCACAGGAUCAGCGUAUUUGGAGCGUAGCAGCAGCGUAGUGCAGCUCCUGGUCAGCUGGGCUCAGUCUAGAGGAAACAAGCUCACAACAGGUUGUUUUUCCUUUCUGUGGUCGAUUUCCUGCUUUGGAUAUAAUUCAGUGACUGUAAAGUUUCUGCUUUCUGUGAAAAAGCUUUAAGUGAUUUUCCAGUUUGUGUUUUUUCAGGUUUAUUCGUGUUUAAUAAAGUAAACUCUGUUCCUUUAUGCUGUUACCUUCAGACAGAGUUAGCAGUUCAAAGUCCUGUUGGGGUCCACAUGGAUCAGGGAUUGACCAUCGGAUUGUUCUGUGUUACUGAUAAAUCCAGAACCAGGAAGGAUUUCUCAUCUACACCAACUGAUACACAGUUGGGAGUUUGCAUAUGGUGUUUUAUUUUGAAAUUUACCAAAUGACAUGCACAGUUUUCGUGAUUGACUUCCUGUCUAGAACGAUUUUCUCUGUGUGGAUUGAAUCACAGUCUGUGUGUGCUGCCCUUCUUGAUCUCAUGGCCUGUUAUAUUUGUGUAGUCAAAGCUUAUUGAUGGAUGAUUGAUAAAUACAACUUGGACUAAACCAAAACCAGAACCUCUCUGGUACACGACCCUGAUUCCACGCCUACUGAUUCAGCAUUUUUCUGCAGGUCUCGUUGAUUUUUCUUCUCCACCUGCCUCUCAGUUUCUCUUCGUCUUGACUCUUUUAUCGGUUCAUUUUUGUUUACUAUACUGCUCCAAACUCUACUAACAGUAGACUUAUUUAUGAGUGAUCAUAGGCCACAUCUGAACUCUGCCGGUGCUGGAUCAGGAACUCCCAGGACUGACUUUGUGUGAUCGCUUUGAGUCAAAUUAAAGAUAUCGAAUUUUUCCUUCACUUCCUCGUCACAUCCCUUAAACUCACAAUAACCCUCAUUUCCUUUCCUUUGUAGAUGAGGCUGCGUCGGGGAGGAGGGCGGAGGUUGAUGGUGUCGAGCUCUCUCCCUUCAGCCAGCCAAUCAGACGCUCAACCACCGGGAAGAGCUACAGCAGGAAAAGGCUGCUCCACUGACCGUGAGAGCAGCUGGCAUGAAAAGCUCAAGUAUUCAGGUUCAUUCAGGGUGACACUGUGAAGUUUUGGCCUCUCUGGAUUUCUUUUGAUGGCAGGUCUGUAAAAAUGUCUUUCAAGCACCAUCUGGGAGGCUUUUCUGGACCCACAGUGCCUCCUUUAGUCUCCUCCACCUCCUCUUUGACCCUGAAGUUUCCUGUUCAGACCAGAAGAUUUAGUUUUGAGAGUAAAACUGAGUUUAUAAGCGCCCAAACUCUUCCUCUUCAGGACUUGAUCUCUUCAGAGGUGGCGUGUUUGGAGCUGACGUCUCUGUGAGGAUGAUGGAUUAUGUCGUCACUGAUUUCCAAACUUGUCAUCAGCCUUUUACCAAUCAAGUCUGACGCCUAAGUUUCGUGACUGAAAUCCUUUUUUUGUGUUUAUUUAUACGUGUUUGUGUCAUAAAGUUGAUUUGAAGUAAAGGGAAGGACGAACAGUUGAGUCAUGUUGUAAAUAUCUGAUGUUUCUAGAGUUUUAUGUAAAUAAAUAUACUUUUUUGAAUCAA